AGGAUAACGUGUUUUGUAUUUGUAUUUUGUGAUUCGCUCACGCGACUUCGACUUACUGUUUUGUUUCUCGUAAGGUGUUAUGCCAUUUUACCUGGUCAAGGGCCAGUUAGCUUGUUUUGACUUUAAAAAUGUAGAGCUGUUACUUUAAGAUGUGGCCUAAAAUAGCUAUUGGGGUAGUAGCCUUUAAAAUUUUGUGUAGUGUGGUGAAUGCUUCUAAUUUAAAUAGUGAGAGUGUCAAGUCCCUACCUUAUUGCCCUACUAGGAAUGCAUCAGGGGCUGUCUUAGUGAGUACACUAGACGGUAAGUUAUCAGCGCUGAAUUCAACAGGACACUUAUUAUGGGAAGUGGAAACUGGUCCAGGACCUUUACUGGUAUCAAAUAUUCACCAACUUGAGCUUACAAACAAUGGAGAAUGGAUUAGAAUCAUACCAUCACUAACAGGGACCUUGUAUAAGUUCGACGGGAAUACAAUUGAUCCUAUUUCGAUUUCCGCAGAAACUUUACUGAGGUCGUCAUUUAAGUACUCAGAUGAUUUAGUCAUAGCAGGAGGGUUGGAAAUAAGAACUUACGGCGUAGGCUUUCGAAGCGGAAAAUUAAUUUAUGAGUGCACCCAAAGCAAAUGUGCUAACCAUGAAAAAGAAGAAAUGGAUGAUAUAUUAGUAUUAGAAAGAAGCACUCAGGUUAUUAGGGCAGUAGAGCCCAGAACAGGGCAUGAGAGGUGGAAUUUUAGUGUAGGCUUACACAACAUCAAACUACCCCAAGCUUCGUGUUUGGACGACUCAAAAAUGUUUGACGCAAACAUUAGCGCAAUCAUUCCAAAAGGUCUACUUCUUGUAUCAUCUAUAAAGAAUAAUAUUGAAGAAUACAACUGGCAAUAUAAAUUUCACUCACCAAUUGUAAAGGUGUGGAAGUGGGAUGGGAUGAAACUUGGUGAGAUUAACUUAUUUGACAGCAAGUCACCUGAGUUAGUAACUUCAGGGGGAAUUUUGCCUUCAAUUUAUAUUGGAAUGCAUAAGAAACAGCUCUACAUUCAUGAAUCAAACCACAUGCAGGCUUUACUAUUAGAACGCCAGUAUGCAGAAUUGACGCCUGCAGAAAGCAACAGUUUAGCUAAAAUACCAUGGAAGCCUAUAUCAGCUUCAACAGAAUCUACUGAAGACGACGUAACUGCACUAUCGGUUUUAAAUAAUUCAGAAUAUGUCAAUGGUAACGGUUAUUACUUAUAUACGGAACACGCUAUAGAUGCGAAGAAUACCGCUCAUUGCGAAAAAAAUGAUACCCUUUUUGAAAAUGUUACUGAAGAAGUGGAGGCUGAGAUUGCAGAGGCUGUCAAUUAUUUGUCGAUCGUUCAAAGAUUUUACAAAGAGGCUCUAUUAUGCAUGGGAACAUUUGCAAUAAGUGUAUAUUUCAUAAUUAAAAAUAAACUGGUUGCUCCAAUUAAAGAUGCCAGCAAGGAGAUAAUUAUCGUCGAGAAACCCGUUGCAGCUGAAAUUAGCAGGCCAGAGCGUCAAUUAUCAGAAAACGGCUCAGAAGGAGGGUUUAACUCCAGGUUCGAGAAUGACUUUUCCCUUAUUAAUUGUUUGGGAAGGGGAGGUUUCGGAGUGGUCUUUCAGGUUAGGCAAAAGUUGGAUGAUGGUGAUUAUGCUAUAAAAAGGAUCACUUUACCGAAUGAGGAAUCAUCAAGAGAUAGGGUUAUGAGGGAAGUGAAAGCCUUAGCUAAACUUGAUCAUAAAAAUAUAAUUAGAUAUUGCUGCUGUUGGGUUGAACAUCCUCCAGUUGGAUGGGACAUGAAAGACGCGAAGUUCAUGGAGCCAUCCUUCUCAAGCCACAUCACUCAAACGGAAACUACUUCACAUCACUUAUUGAAAAGGCAAAAAUCGGUUUCAGUUAGCAUCGAUAUUCCUCACACAAAAUUCGAGGAUUCCGUUGAUGAUUCGCAUAUCGUUUUCGAAGAUCCUGAUAACAACAAGGAUGAUUCUUUUAUCGUGUUUCAAGACGAUGAUGCAUCGACCACCAAUAACAUUACUAGUGUCACUACUAACACAUUACAUACAGUGGAAAAUUCACAAAGUAACACUAACGUAUCUGAACAUAUGAAAAAGAAAAUUAACUGGAAAAGGCCUGGAAGAAAACAUCAUUCAUGGGACUUAACCCAGAACAGUACAGGUAUGGUUUUUGCAAGAGAACCACCUAUGUAUCUGUAUAUUCAAAUGCAGUUGUGUCGGAAGGAAACUCUGAAAGAUUGGCUUAGUUUGAAUAUGGAAAGAAAGUACACAGAUAUGCUAAUGUUUUUUUCACAAAUUUUGGAUGCAGUUGAAUAUGUUCACCAGAGGAAACUUAUUCAUCGGGAUCUAAAACCGAGUAACAUAUUUUUUUCUCAAGAUGGCCAAAUAAAGGUGGGUGACUUUGGUCUAGUAAAAGAUCUGGAAAAUUGUUUUGAUCUGGAGAUCGCUAGGAGUACCCCAAGUUCUCAUAGGGGGCACACAAAAGAAGUCGGAACAACUUUAUAUAUGAGCCCAGAACAAUCUAAGGGCAAAUCAUACGAUUCUAAAGUAGAUAUUUUUGCCUUGGGAAUUAUUUUGUUUGAGUUGCUUGUACCGUUUUCAACUAAUAUGGAAAGAAUAAAGACUUUGACUGAUGUUAAGACCAAGAAAUUUCCGGAUGGGUUUUCUGAUAAAUAUCCCGAUGAAUACCUACUUUUGGAGCAUAUGCUCGAUGAGAACCCCAACAAAAGGCCAUCUACCAACCAGAUAAGAGACAAAAAACCAUUUUAUCAAAAUAACAAUGUUGAAAUCACACGAGGCAGUUAAUAUGUUGAACUCGUUAAUAUUUACUUACAUUUUUAGUAUAGAGUUUCUGGUAUAAGUAUUUUUUUAUGCUGCACAGCACCAUUGACAUUGUCAUUGCCAUAUUAAGUUAAACAGGCGUCCAUUCCAAUAAUUGUUACUAUUAAACACAAGCAAUGGGGCUGAUGUAGCAUUAAAUACUUCUCUAUUUUAAUAUCCAUUACAGGAUAAACUGUGAUUACUACAGUAAUUUUACUAUUUUUUUUUAAUAGUGUUUCUGCGAAUUUACUAUUUGCAGCAUUUUUAUGUCUAGUUUUGUUAUAUUGACUGAAUAUAGGUUAAGGCAAUAUAAAUUAAAUGUGAUACCGUUUGGAGAUACUACUCCAGUUACUCUUAAGUAUUUAAAAAUAAUUCUACAUUUUCUAUUAUUUGUAUGGCGUUAGUAAGUAUCUUACUUGGAAAUAAUACAUAUUUUUUUUUAAA